UUAUGAAACGAAAAGAUCAUUAAGUUAUUAUUUAUAUACUUCUUAUAGGUAUCAGGCUUCAGUUCUUUGCGGUCGUGUCAACCUGAGAUUGUCGCGAAAAGAAAUACAUAUGUACCUAGUACAUUUUUCUAACACACAUUUACUUUUUUUCACUAUCUUUCUCUGUUUCAUUCUCUCGCCAAACAGUAUAACAGCUGGACAGCAAUUGAUUACGUUAGUAGCUCGGCGAUAGCUCAGCGCGCUGCUGCUUAUUUUUGUUAGUAGGUUUAACUUAUAAAUCAAUAUAUCAUUUUUAAAAUAAAUUAAAUAAAUAAUAUAAGACAAAAGGCAAUAUGAAACAGGAGAUAUAUAUUUAGUAGCAGUAACUUUAUUGAUACUCUUUGUACCCAUAUUUAAACGAGUUAAACGUGUCGAGUAAAGUGCAACAUCAUGGAUGAAUCCUACCUCCAUCAGCUUGUCGCAGAACCUAUAAAAAAUCUUCUUCGAUUACAUCGUAUAAAAGAAUAGAUAGAACAUCAAUACUGCAGAAACAAAAAUCUAAGAUAUUUGAGCAUACAACAAUAAAGGUUCAUCAGCAUGUUGGAGAGUAUGGAGAUAUUUUCCUUUAAAACAUAGAUAAUAAGAUAAAAUGGAUGAAUUCACGGGCAUGUACAAAUCAGGCAUAUAAUCCUACUUCCAUAGAACAUGUGGCUAAUGUGGCCACCCAUGGAAUUUGGAUUGUCCCUUCUAUAAUUGGCAGUUUAGAGCUUUUUCGACGUUCUAUAACAUGGACUCAGUUUGUUUCUGCGUGCGUUUAUGGUACUUCAUUGAUUCUUGUUUUUGUGGUAUCCACAUUUUUCCACAGUGUCCAUUACUGUAAUCAUAACAGACAAUUAAAAGACGCAUUACAUCGCUGUGACCGUGCUAUGAUUUAUAUCUUUAUAGCUGCUAGUUACUUUCCAUGGUUAAAUGUAGAUCAUUUCCCAGGUGAUAAACUACUUUUUACAAUGAGAUAUGCCGUUUGGAUCAUGGCAAUGUUGGGAAUUCUUUAUCAACAAAUUUUUCAUGAGCGCUAUAAAAUGCUUGAAACUAUUAUGUAUUUGGUCAUAGGUAUUGGUCCAAGUGUAGCAAUUAUUAAUGUUAAUGAUUAUUACAACAUUGCUGAAUUAAAAACAGGAGGAUUUAUUUAUAUUCUGGGCUUAAUAUUUUUUAAAUCAGAUGGUAGAAUACCUUGUGCACAUGCAAUUUGGCAUCUUUUUGUAGCUGCUGCUGCUGGAUUUCAUUAUUAUGCAAUUUUAAAUCAUGUAUUUCCUGCAAUAAGUUCAACAGUCACAAUUGAUCUACCAAGUGUGCCAUCAUUACCCCAUAUAGUACAAUCUCAUUUAGAAAUUUAGAUUUACAUAUAAUAUUUUUGCCAUAUAUUUAUAGUUUUGCAAAAAAGAAAUUAAGAUUUUCAAUGAAAACUCAGUAAAGACUGUAUUUGGUUCCAAUCUUCCAUACAAACAAAGUUUUUAUAGAAAAAUUUGUUGUGAAUAAGUAGACUAUUUAGAAUUUCGAUCUUUCUAUCACUAUAAAGGAUUUUUAUUAUAAAUUACUACAGCCAAAAAUAUGAAGAAUGUAAAUAUAAGACUAAAGUUGUAGUAACAGAGUAU